GCUUUGUAGACAAUCCUAUCUACUCCCAACGCUGACGGCGGACUUUUCGGCCUGAACACGCAAUCUACUCUCUCUCUAGCUUUCGUAUCGCAUGACUUCGCACGAAACUGGCCUACUGCCGUUGAACACCGCAGCGAACUUCGAGUUCGGCAAGCGCAAACGGUGGGCCGAUCUGGUCAUCACGGAGCUGGUCGACGUGCUAGCCUUCGUGCUGUCCCCGCAGGGCAAGAUACUCUACUGCGGCAACGGACUACGGAGUCUUCUGGGCUGGAAGGACGAGGACCUGAUGGAUCGCGACCUGACCGACUUUGUCAACCCUGAGGACAAGGAUGGGUUCAGGCGCGCGCUCGAGGAGUCCGUGCGCUCCGGCACGGAGAUGUCGUCCGUCUACGUGCGCAUGAAGCCCGUCUCCUCGUCGGUCGCAGACCGGACGGCCUCUGGGGAAAUCAUCUUCGAGGUCAACGGCCGCACGCAGUUGGCCACCCGCGAAGACUCCACCGCCGUCGCCCCGCAAGUCUUCUUCGUCGUCGCGCAGCCCUACGGCAGCAAAAACCUCGAAAUGCUCGACACCUUUCUGGAGCUGCGCGAAGAACAGGAGCGGCUGCAGGAGCGCCUCGCACAGCUGCGGCUCCGCGCGCCCCCGUCCACCGCAUCGUCCCCCGCGUCCUCCUCCGGCUCGGCGACGUACUCGACCGCAUCGAUGCCCCUGACCAGCCGCCCGCUCGACACCUCGCACGGCCACCGAGACGUCUCCUCCAGCCCUGCGUCCGGUGCGAUGACUGCUGCGAUGCACAGCAGCAAGGCGGAGGAAGACGAUGAUCCGAUGCGCAAGAAAAAGCCAGUUCCGAAAAAGUCCAUGCCCGCCGAGCAAUAUGUCUGCAUCACCUGCGGGCGGACCGACUCGCCGGAAUGGCGCAAGGGACCGCUGGGCCCUAAGACGCUGUGUAACGCGUGCGGGCUACGAUGGGCGAAACAAAACAAGGUGCAGAAGCUGGUGGACGAUGUGUGAUUCGGGUUGCUGGGUAUCUAUCAUGUAAGUAAAUGUUGUGUACGAGUAUAGUUUUUGUAGUAAGCGCCGGUCUAAAAGCCUUCUCAAUACUGUAAAACACGAGUUCAGAUAGUUC